GUGGUUGUCAUCUAUUAAGGACAGAAAUGAAGUCACUCCCACUGUGCGGAAUUGUGUGCCAAGCCAUCCCCCUAACUAUGAUAUUAAACUCUGCAGGGACGAAGACCCUAUCAGAUACAAUGACCAAGCCCUAAAAACCAACGCCUCUUCCACGCCGGUACGAGUACUAGUAUCAUACUCGAGUAUGAUACUCGUAUUGAGACAACAGAGGGUGGAACAGGUGUGUGGACACUAACCUGUCAGGGCUGCCAAGACAGUAAGUGACAGCGCCACUCUCGCGACGACUUGAGAAUCUCGCCAACGCCGGAAGAGACGGUAGACUACGGGUAGGCGAUGGAAAAUGUCUGCCGAACAGGGUAGGGGAGGCUCAAAAUCGAAGGCAGGGUAACACUCGUCCAGCUCCCUUUCGAUUGUUAAACACGAGUAUGGAAAACAUCCCCCAGGUUCGACAGAAAGUAGCUGUUUAAUCUCCAAACGGUUACUUGAUCACAACAUCAGUGAUGUUUCUUUUUACCCCCCUUCUAGGAGCCCAGUCGGAUUCUCAGGCUUGUCAAUCUUUACUCGAACUCGAGAAUGGAAUUAAGAUCUUGAUCGAUGUUGGCUGGGACGACAAGUUCGAUGUGAGGAUGCUUGCCGAACUGGAAAGGUUAGUCGGCCGUGUUUGAGCUCCUCAACGAAUUGGAGAAAGCCGCACCCGGACCCGGGAUUUCUCUACGACCUGGAAUUGCGCUGAUAUGGCUAUUUCAAUUUGCAGACAUACCCCUACAAUCGACCUUGUCCUCCUCACCCACCCUACCCUUGCGCACAUGGGAGCUUAUGCGCACGCGUGCAAACACAUUCCGACCUUCUCCUCUAUUCCCGUCUACAGCACAUUUCCCGUAUCCAAUCUUGGUCGUUUGCUACUACAGGACAUCUACUUGUCUACGCCCUUAGCAUCCACCCGUCUGCUAGAUUCCGCCGCUCCUCCCGUGCCGGCAAGCACCUUUGCCGCGCCAACCUUCUUGCCACCCAGCGAGACUGGCGAACUGCAUCCAGAUGCGCUGAAGCUACCCCCGACGUCUGCCGAGAUCGAUUCAUAUUGUACAAAGAUUGUGACCCUGAAAUACUCGCAGCCUACGCCUUUGCAUUCAGCUGUUGCGAGGGUUUCAGGGAAGUUGGGGAGCAUCACGAUUACUGCCUACUCGGCCGGGCACAGCCUGGGGGGCACGAUAUGGAAGAUACAACAAGCGCAGGAAUCGAUUGUCUAUGCCGUGGAUUGGAAUCACUCACGCGAGAACUGUCUUCGAGGUGCGGGAUUCCUGUCCGGCGGUGGGGUCUCUGUGGAAACUCUGGGGAAGCCGACGGCACUGAUUUGCUCGGCAAGGAAUUCGGAAGUCGUGAGCAUGGCUGGUGGGAGGAAAAAGAGGGAUGAAAUGCUCUUGGAUGCCAUAAGAAAAACAGCGUUAGAGAGCGGUGGCACCAUCCUGAUCCCCACAGACUCUGUUGGGCGAGUGCUAGAGCUUGUAUAUUUGCUCGAGCACGCUUGGAGGAAAGACCAGGAAUUAGCUUCACGAGCAAAAGGCAAAGGAGUCGGGUUAUUCCUUGCCGGAAGGAGAGUGCGGAGAUUGGGUCAGGUGGUUGGUAGUAUGCUAGAGUGGAUGGACGAGGGGGUAGUUAGAGAAUUUGAGUCGAUCGCAGGUGGAGACCGAAGAGGAAACCGGCAAAGAGAUGAUGCAGAAGGAAAAGGCAACGACGGCAAUAAGGCAGGGCCAUUUGACUUUCUACAUUUGAAUCUGGUUUCUACACAAGGACAUCUCAACAGGAUCUUGAACGACGGAAAUGAGCGUGGGAAGGUCAUCAUUGCUUCGGAUUCCAGUCUCGGAUGGGGCUUCAGCCGCGAAGCAUUAAUGAGGCUUGCCAGCGAUGAGAAGAAUUUGGUUGUUUUGACAGAGAGAUCGGACGGUAAACUGGGGUGGGCUGGAAACUUAUGGCAAGAAUGGAAGGAAAAGACAGGAGGCGGCGGAGAAGCAAAGGCAACUGGCUGGGAGGAAAUAUCUCUCGAUGGGCAACACGCCGAACUAGAUGUAUUCCUCCCCAACCCAGUUACGGAGCAAGCGCUAAUAUCCGAGUGAUUCAGAUAUCUCACCGGACACCACUAGAGGGCCAGGAACUUGAGGCGUAUAACCGGCAUCUCGCAGCACAACAAGCACUGACCUCGCAACAACAGUCUCUUCUCUCCAACUCAGGUCUUCCCUCCUCCAUUGGCGCAGAGCCAGAUGAUGACGACGCCUCAUCCUCUUCCGAUGACGAUUCAGAUUCCGAGAGACAAGGGAAGGCUCUCACCACUGCCAAUAGUAAGAAAAUUUCGGCGGCAACUGUAAUGCUCGGAGGUGCAACCCCAUCCGGAUAUGGUGCAGGCAAAGUGGAUAUCGGAAUCAAUAUCUUGCUUAGGGGGAAAGGUGUAUAUGAUUACGACGUACGCGGUGCGAAAGGACGAAAUAGGAUGUUUCCGUUCGUAAUGCGGCGAAGGAGAGUGGAUGAAUAUGGCGAGGUCGUUAGAGCAGAUGAGUACAUGCGAGCUGAGGAAAAGGCUGAAGAGGAUCUCCUCGAUGCGACAGGCGUUAAGGAAGAGCGAGUUAUGGGAAAGAAGAGAAAAUGGGAUGAGAAUGAUGCCAAGAGGGGUGGCCCAGGCGCUCGAAAGGGCAAGGAAACCGGAGAUGUAGGCAAAAAGCGACGCACAGGCAAAACAAAAGAGAAGCCAGAUGGGGAUGACAGCUACGAACCAGACGAUGGAGAGCAGGAGGAAAUGGAGGAAGGCGAAGUUGAGGAGGAUGAGGCUGAAGACGAAGAGUCCAUGUUGACCGUGCCUAGCAAGAUUACUUCCACAAAGAUUGCUAUACUAAUGCGGUUCAAGGUAGCAUUUAUCGAUUUCGCAGGGUUACAUGAUUCUCGGAUUUUACGAAUGCUCCUCCCAUUAAUCAGUCCAAGAAAGUUAAUCUUAGUCGGCGGCAGAGAAUGCGAGACUAGGAGUCUAGCCAACGAUUGCAGAAAACUUCUCAGUGGGCGGGGCACACUAUCGGGACGAGGCGAGAGCGGAACAGACACCGAUGUUUUCUUUCCUCAAAUCGGCAACAAGGUCAACGCGGGUGUGGAUACCAAUGCCUGGGCAAUCAGGCUCAGCGACAACCUCGUCCGAAACCUCAAGUGGCAAAACGUGCGCGGACUGGGGGUCGUGCACCUAAUAGGUCGUGUGACGGAGGCGCAGGACAAGAAGGAUGAGAGCCGCAAUGGCAAGAAGGUUAAACUCUCCAAGAGCCCGGAGGCAGAGUCUAAAGAGGGCGGAUCACAGGUUGAACAGAAGGAUGCUCUCGUCCUCGACGUAUUACCACCCGCAUUGGCUGCCGCAACUAGGAGUGUUGCACAGCCCAUUCACGUUGGCGAUCUCAGAUUGGCGGAUCUACGGCGAGUGCUGCUCGAUGAUGGACUGACAGCGGAGUUCCGCGGCGAAGGAACGCUAUUGAUUGAUGGAGUCGUUGUCGUACGAAAAGGCGGGGUUGGUAGCGUGAUCAUUGAAGAUGGGGGAGGGGGUAUGCUGAGGAGAGCGGGGAGGAAUGGGAAGGCAAGUUUUGUCGAAGUUAGAAGGAGGAUUUAUGAAGGUCUCGCGGUGGUUUCCGGGGGUUAGAAAACAUUUCCCGCACGCGAUUUCUCGCUCUCCGAUUUUUCCAGCAUCCUGUCGUAGUACCGCUUGGUAUUGGCUUCUGGUGUAGGCGUUCUUUUUUAUAUAAUAAUCUAGUAUGUUACGAAGUGAUGAAUAUACCCUCGUUAGUUAAGGCCCUGUUUGGUUGUACUGGACUUAUUCCGGACCAUUCCAUUCUGAAAUGGUUAGACCUAGAAAAAUGGUUGUUGUCCAUUUACUAUGAUACCGCUCACUUCCAGUGACCACCCUCAACCCUCUAUUGCUAAACAAAAAACAUUUAUCUUAGACCCUCCUGAAGAAAAUUUACUAGUUCUUCCAAUCCUUAUCAAAUCUAAAUCUUCAACACCAUAGCUGCAAUAUUUCUGUAUUCACACCUCAUGGACUAAGGUUCUUACCCUCAAUAUCAUCAUUACUUGACAUGGAUGUGCCAGUGCUUGGAGAAUUUCAUCUGUAUAUCAGUGACUAGUUUAAUUUGAAGUAUGUGCAUACUAUACUAAAUGAAGUUAUUCCGCAGUCAAAUAAUUAUUACCUUGAUAUUCUCAAUGUUUACACUGGCAUGUGAUAUUCCUACAUGACAACUGUUGUGUUAGGGCUCUCCUGGAAUGGACUGAAAUGGACCGGCUGAUGCCUUUUACUAUUGCCAAACAGCCAUUUAGUCUAGUUCUUCCAUUUUGGAAUGGAAAUGGGAAUGAUCAUUUGUAUGUUACAACGGAACGGAAUGGACCCAGUGCAACCAAACAGGGCCUAAGGGUAUAUAUCUGAGCGCAGGAUUAAGCGUUGCACGGUGUGAUACCACAAUCUAGAACUCCAGAUGAUAUGCGACGGAAUCCGGGCAAGGGCCGACAAUGUUCGUAAAUCACGCACAAUCACCCGAGAAUUACCAUAUCCUCACCGCCCUCUGUAGCAGCAGGCGGAGCCCCGGAACGGUACCGUGCGGAGGCCGCCUUGCUAAUAUACGAUCACCGGCGGCACUAUUUGCACCAUACGCGCCUUGUGAAACCUCAUAGAAAGGAGACCCUCAUCCAGAAUCGUAGGUGCAAUGUCUAAAAUUGCUCUACCACGAUCACUAGCCCCCCUAAGUGGAGAUGAGUUCAGGUGGUAAAAUUGCAGAUAUACGUCCCGCUGCUCAAUGAGGUU